CACCGUAGCUGGCUGCUACGCUGCUCCGACGCUACGUGUAUUAAAUAAAAAUUCUUCUAUUGCUUCGUUAAAGAUGCUUGAAUAUUAUUUUUAGUUAUUUGGUGAUUUUAUAUUAAAGAUUGAAAUGUGAAAUGAAAAAUGUUGUUCCGUAAUCUUUUGCUCUAUUUACAUUUUGGACUUGUAUUGCACACUGUUAAUUCUUUAAAGGACACCGGUGAGGUUCCACGCUUCGAAAACAACAUGCCCAACCUGACAGUAUCACUGGGAAGAGAGGCUAUAUUUACCUGCGUCGUAAAUGAUCUGGGCUUAUACAGGGUGGCGUGGUUGCGCGUGGACACGCAGACUAUAUUAUCUAUAGCUGGCCAUGUUAUCACCAAGAAUCAUAGAAUCGCAGUAACUCACAGUGACAGGCGCGUAUGGUUCCUGCAUAUCCUGGAGGUUCGGCAAGCCGACCGCGGCUGGUACAUGUGCCAGCUUAACACAGACCCCAUGAAGAGUCAAGUCGCUCAUUUAGAUGUAGUAGUGCCACCGGAUAUUUUGGACUAUGCAACGAGUGGGGAUCAAGUUGUGCUAGAAGGUUCUAAUAUAACUCUACGUUGUGCCGCUCACGGUGUACCCACGCCCACUGUUAUUUGGAGAAAGGAAACCGGUGAUUUGCUUGAUACAAAGAACUUCAGUGAUGUCCAAAAUCAAUCGAUAAGCGGAUCAAAGUUAGAAAUAGUGAAGAUAUCACGUGUGCAUAUGGGCGCUUACCUAUGUAUAGCUAGCAAUGGUGUGCCGCCUUCAGUUAGCAAGAGAAUCACGUUAAUUGUACAUUUUCCACCAAUAAUGACAAUACAGAAUCAACUAGUUGGAAGUAUUGAUGGAGAAUCGAUUGUACUAGAAUGUCAUUCGGAAGCAUUUCCUAAUUCUAUCAAUUAUUGGACAUUUAACGGACGUAUUAUAUCACAAAAUGACAAGAAAUAUGAAAUAAAAGCUAUUGAUCGAGGUUAUGAAGUAGAUAUGAAAUUAAAAAUUAAAAAAGUUAACAGAGAUUCCUACGGUACAUAUACUUGUGUAUCGAAAAAUUCACUCGGAGACACUGACGGCAGUAUAAAGUUAUAUCCAAUAUCAAGUAAAUACGAAGACCUGCAGUAUAACGAUGUAAACGUAUUCCAUAAAAGCCUAGACGUGAGUGAACUUGAGGCACAGAAGCGAAGUCGGGCUUCCAAACUAGUGUUUAAUGACUAUUUAGAUAUUAAGUCCAUACUUUUAACUCUAAUCGGAUGUAUUGUAAAUACGGGAAUAUAUUAUAACAUUUAA